AUGGAAAUGACAUUUCGACGAUUUCGCUCCAUUAUUACAUCCGUUCCAUUAUUGAACGAAAAUCCAACAUUAAACUGUUUCAAUUUAACUAAUAAAAAUAAGGGGAUGACAUGCUUUAUUUUAGACGAAAAUGCUUUUGUCUUAGAUACCAAUUUAGAAAUAGCAGAGAUUGGAAAGUCCUUGGCCAUCGUGGAUAAUCAAUUGCUAGAAAGCUUAAUUGCACACGAUGUCUAUACUAGCGUAUUAACUUAUCUUGGAUCAUUCCUCUAUGGAAAAGCUGAUGGUGCUUAUAUCGACAUUCGGCCGGAUAAUAGAAGUUGUAUGUACAUACGUCAAUUUAUUUUGGCUGGAACACAUGCAACUAGUAGAAUCGCCGGCAAUAUUACCUGCAAUUCUGAUAAUAGCACGAGAGCAUUUUUUAUCAGUCCAAUUAACAACACUAACUUAAAGUUAGUCAUAGUGGAAGAAAGCAAGUCUGAGCUGUGCAAUAACAAUAGCGUGUCUGUACCGACAGCAGAACAAAUUAAAAAUCGAACUUGUACAGAAGAUGGAAAUUAUAGAAAAGGACCUGAAUUCUGCUUUAAAAAGAUUACUCCGUCCCUCCUUAUUGUAUUGAAAAACGGGGGCUAUAUCAUGUACGUGCGCCGUUCAAACUUACAACCUAAUGUAAAAUACAAGUUUGUUUAA